GGACAGGCGCGUCCCUGACGAUGAGGGGCAGCGACGAGCUUUUGUCGCAAAGCGGAGCAGUUAGCAAUGGUGCUGCAAUGAGUCCUCAACCACAUCACGCUGCCGACAACAACAAUGACGCCAAGAAGGUUAAACUCGAUAAGAGCCACAACGGCAAACUUUCGAGGGUUAUCCACAUCAGAAACAUCCCCAAUGAUGUAUCAGAGGGUGAAAUCAUCCAUCUUGGCGUCCCCUUUGGCCGUGUCACAAACGUCCUCGUUCUCAAAGGAAAAAGUCAGGCGUUCUUGGAAAUGGCGGAUGAAAAUGCUGCAGCGACAAUGGUAAAUUACUAUGCCACGUGCAUGGCUCAGCUACGUGGUAGAGCAGUGUAUGUUCAAUUCAGCAACCAUCGCGAGCUCAAAACGGAUCAAACGCACACCAACAAUGCGAACUCGAACAAUCAAGUGGCGCUUCCUGGACAGAACCAGGUGGCCCAGACGCAAGCAGAGACCCAAGGGGGCCCCAAUACCGUACUCAGAGUCAUCGUCGAACAGAUGAUUUACCAAAUUUCCUUGGACGUGCUCUAUCAGAUUUUCACACGUUUUGGCAAGGUCCUCAAGAUCGUCACUUUCACAAAGAACAACACUUUCCAGGCACUAAUACAGUACGCGGACAUGCUGUCAGCGCAAACCGCCAAACUCUCUCUGGAGGGUCAAAACAUCUAUAAUUCCUGUUGCACGCUGCGCAUCGACUAUAGCAAGAUGCAAAAUUUGAACGUGAAGUACAACAACGAUAAGUCGAGGGACUACACCAACCCAUCUCUACCAACUGGCGACGCGAAUUUGGACGCGGCAUCUCUUGCUUUGGGUGGUGAGCUUCUUCCACAAUUGUUGAUGGGUGCUGGAUCGCAGCCUCGUGCAAGAAUACCCGGGGCACCGGGUGUGCUGCCCACGCCCUUUGCGGCCAUGCAUGGUUUGCCUUCGCCCCUGGCGGGCCCAUAUAACGGGGUCCCACCUGCUGGCGGAUUGGUCGGCCUAGGUGGUUUCCCUUUGGGUGCAGCUGGCCUUGGGGUGCGCGGGCCUACCAAUGCGCAAACCUCUGCGGUGCUGCUCGUCAGUAAUCUGAACGAAGAGAUGGUCACGCCUGACGCUCUCUUUACCCUGUUUGGCGUUUACGGGGAUGUACAGCGCGUGAAGAUACUCUACAACAAGAAGGACUCGGCAUUGAUUCAGAUGGCCGAACCCCAUCAAGCGCAUUUAGCACUGACACACAUGGACAAAUUGCGAGUGUUUGGCAAGCAGAUCAAGGUACUGCUGAGCAAACAUCAGACAGUUCAGUUACCGAAGGAAGGUCAACCAGACGCUGGAUUGACGAAAGAUUAUACCAAUAGUCCCCUUCAUCGAUUCAAAAAACCAGGCUCCAAGAAUUACCAGAAUAUCUAUCCACCAAGCUCCACUCUGCAUUUAUCGAAUAUUCCUACAACCGUAACCGAAGAGGAGAUCAGGGAUGCGUUCACCAAAAAUGGCUUCACCGUGAAGGCAUUCAAGUUCUUCCCGAAAGACAGAAAGAUGGCGCUCAUACAGAUGCCUAGCAUGGACGACGCUGUAGCUGCUUUGAUCAAAAUGCACAACUACCAGCUGAGCGAGUCCAAUCACCUGAGGGUGUCAUUUUCGAAGAGCAACAUCUAACAAGAGUCACAAUUAAGCAACCGGCAGUGGUACCAGCCCUACGUCCUAGUCCCCUUUUGGAUACCCGGCUCAGUGUACGACUGAUGAUGAUAACAGUGACGACGAUGAUCCUCGCCGACGGGUGCGGUCAGUCGCUGGUCCAUUCCCGCGACGCCAUUGGCUGGCCACCCUCUGGAUCUUGCCUGGGAAACGAAAGAAAGAAGCUUCCCUCGGAAGCGGACACUCAAAACGCACACGAGCAUGAUCGUGUGUGGUCCAUUUCUAUUUUUCUCGACAGACCGUCUUAAGACCAUUUCGAACAGCGUACAGACAGACACGAUUAUUCUUCAUACAUAUACAUGUACACACCCUAACAGAUACACACAUGGACACGCAUAGAAAGUUAAAUAACAAAAAAAAAACAAAAAAAACAAAAAAAUAACACGAGGACGAAAAAGGAUUAGGGCUGCGAAACAGCGAAUGGGAGGGUUGUUUGACGAGAACAUUACGUAAACACUGUGGUGGCUUUCGCGAAGCCAGAGAGAAAGAAAGCCAGGAUCGAUUCAUAGAGAGAAAAAGAGAGAGGAGAGACACGGGAAGUGUGUGUUUUGCGUGAUAGGAACAUGUUAUUCACGAAGGGAGGAGGGAGAGACUAGGUUUUUAACGAAAAAGAAACGGAGGGGCUCGGUGAGGAGUAACGGGAAGGGCCCCCUGGGCUCUUGUACAGAGUUAAGAACAUUUUUCGAGCAUUAAGGUAUAUUCUAUAUACACAUAAAUCUAUAUAUAUGAUAUAUUUUACAAGGGUGGCGCGCUAUGGCGACGAGCUGCGCGUGUUACACGCC